UGACAACUCCGAACUUGGACUUUUCAUGGUCCAUACUCUGGCGCUGUGCUGACAAGUAGUGAAAGUCUCCUUAUUCACUUCGCACUUGCUUUCGUCUACAAAUUCUCACUUUUCAGUCUAAAUCCAAGGACCGAAUACGCUCGAUUUCUCGCGUUGCUCAAAUCGCUUUCACUUUCACUGAUCGGACCUUGCUCAUUCAAACAGUCGGUUUGAUGGUGAUAUCGCUUCAAACAGGUCAACAUCUUUCUUCUCCAAUUAACUAGAACAUUCCACCUUCACUUCUGAUCGGGAAUCGUCUUCUCCUUCGUUGCUGAUUCCACGAACACCAAAGCCUUUGUACUGCGCUUCAAAGACUUCCCGACCAGCCUUGGUACUUACAAUGCUCAGGAAAAAGUUCUAAACACGCUUGAAGUCAUCAUGAUGGUACAAGAUUAUGAAGAGCGAGGGACAUCCGACGUUGGUGUCGAUUUCGACGUCGCUUUUGGCGAUGACGAAGAUUUCGACAUUGAUCUCAGCCUCAUCCUCGACCACGAUGAUGAUCGGUUCGACGAAGAUGUCCGUGAAGUGCCCGCUGAUAAUUUCUACACGGUGCACGAGAACUCUCUGGUUCAGCCGCCAAAAGAACUCAAGCCACGACGUCGACUCGAAGAGGCCAAACAUCAAAUUCCGUCGGCAGAAUGGUUUGACGUGAACCUACACCAAGGAGUCAUCGUGGAGUUUUGGAAGGACGCGAUCACCAAAGCGGAUCAGCUCCCAGAGGAUAAGUUCGGGACACGAGAUGAGAGAUCUGGAGGAGAUAUUCUUCUGGUGACCGCGGUCACCAUGGAACCCAAGAAAGGAGGUCGCUUCUUAAGAGGCCUGCGUCUGCGACGUACUCGUUACUUCCACACUGCUUUACUUCGAUAUCCCAACGAAGUAUGCUUGGUGGCAAAGAUAAGCCAGGACGAUCCUCGACCAUUUUGGGUGCAGGGCGAAAUCGAAGUGCCCAUUGAUGAUGACAGCAUCAUUCAGGUUCGAGAUAUGAUGUUCACGGAUUCGGAAUACCCUUCACUGUCUGUUCCACAACUCUACCGGCGAAAGACGGAUGUCCAGAACGAUCCUUUGAUCUGCCGCUAUGUUUGGCUGCAUAUCUUCCCGACAGACACCCAACGCACCAAAGCAUCCGAGAAGCCUCGCGAAGGAGUGGUGAGAAAAAUCACCCAGGCAGACUGGGGCAACAUUCGAUCUCGGCUUCAAAAGGAGACGGCUUCCCACAAUCAGGACGGCAUGGAUAUGGUCCAGAUGGGUAGAGUCGAACAGACUGCCCAGGAGACGAUCGAAAGUCAAGUGGCGAAACUGAAGGUCGCCCAGGGUACCACCAAAGCGUAUAUAUUUGGGGAUAUCUUCUGUGGUGCUGGAGGCGCUUCUCGCGCUGCAAAAAGAGCUGGGCUUCGGAUCAAGUACGGCAUCGACAAUGAGGUCAACGCCUGUUCGGCCUACAAGUUGAACUUCUCGGAGGCCCAAGUCUACCAUAACGAUAUCCAACAAAUCCUCUCUGAAAGGGUCGACCUCCGUGCGGACAUCAUCCACAUAUCAUUCCCUUGCCAGUAUUUUUCCGCGGCGCAUACGACACUCGGUGUCAACGACGAUAUGAACAGCGCCGUUCUCUUGUGUUUGGGGGAUGUGCUUAAGAAGACACAGCCACGACUCGUCACAUUUGAAGAAGCGCCAGGGCUAUACAAUCGACAUAAGCUCUACUUCUUUUUCGUACUUGGGGCUUUCCAGAAGCACGGUUACAGCGUCGCGUACAAAGUGAUCAAAUUCAUGGAUUAUGGGCUCGCCCAGAAGCGCGAGCGAUUGAUACUUUUCGCAGCGGCCCCAGGUGUGCCUCUUCCACGAUUCCCCAAUCCCACUCGUGGGUGGGAGAACGAGCAAAAGCGGCCAGCGACCCUUGAUGACGUACUUGGUGGUCUCUCUGACUGGGAGAUGAAGCCUAACGAUCCUCUCCACGAGCCAAGGAAGACAAGGAAAAUGGAUUGUUUGCCCUUCGAUCGAAAACUCCAUCGAUGCCUGGGGUGUAUCACGACCAGUGGCGGUCUCGGCAAUCUCCACCCAUGCGGGAAACGAACCUACACCCUGAGGGAAUACGCAAGGAUCCAAGGCUUUGGAGACGCCCAUCAGUUCUACGGCGCGCGUCGAGACAUGCUUCGGCAAAUCGGCAACGCCGUCCCCCCCAAAUGUUUCAAAGUCUUUUUCGACGAAUGCAUCCGGACAUUGACAGACGUUGACGAUGGUAAACAUGGUAACGUACGUUGCUCGCCGUACGAGUCUGGGAGCUGGACGGGAUUGAACGCCUUUGACUCCGCCGCACUGCCGUCCAAUGAAUCAUUUCUGAGACUGGGCAGCCGCGAUUUCGUGCGGAGAGAUACCCGGAGCUCUUUGUUCAACCGCCAUAGGUCAAGGACAUUGUCGCCUCAACCUCGAUUUCAAGACCGACGCGGUGAUCGUGUGAGACGACGCUCUCCUGAUGUUGGGAGAUAUGUUGGUAGCUCCAAUCGCCAUGACGAUGCUGGGAGGACUGCUGAUAGCUCCAGUCGCCAUAAUGAUGUUGGGGGGCGUGCUGGUAACCCCAGGGGCCAUGACGAUACUAGGAGACGUGUGGUGGACCUAACCCUUGAUGAUCCUGAGCGCUCUCCCGUAGCUGACGACGAGUUGGCCGGCUGGGAAAUCGUUACCGCGGGUUUCUGAAACUCCUCUGUCUUCAUUCUAUCUCAGACGCGAGUGGGGCUGUCGAUGGGGGAUGGUGGGGCUGUUGAUGCACUGCGUGGAUGAUUUGGGUGGCCCUCGACUCAGUGGCUGCUCUAUUAUGAUGAUGACCUAGGAGGUCACUCAACAAGCGAACGCCUGGCUUCUCAGCAAUGCUUCCAUUUUUCAUACGCAUACUUAUGAGGACCCAACACAGUCCAACAGU